GCGAAAGUCGAGGUUAAUUCGAAAUUUUCGGGGUCGUUUAUUAAAUUCCUAUGAUGGAUAAUGCGGAACGGCCAAAACUAAAGGCCAGAAGACGCCGCAGACGCUACAAAAGUGCCCGAGAAAAUAAUAACAGUCCAACAUGCGCGGAGCCCAGCACAAGCCGGGGUCAAAAAAGGGGGUCUACUGCUCACGCUGAAGCAAUUUCCAGCAAGAGGUAUUGCCCUCCGAAAAAAUAUUUGUCCUUACCGCCCGCGAGUUCUACUCCCGGUAAAAAUAACGCUAGCGAUCGGCUACAGAAGUUGAGGCAGGUUUUAACUGGCGAGGAGACAAAUGCGACAGGAAAAUUGGCAAAGAUUGCGGAAAAGGUACCGCCCGAUAAGAUUCAGACCGGCGGCUGUGCACAAAAAGCGCCUCCCGCAAAAGGACAAGUGCCUAAAGUGUCUCCUUUAAUGGGUAGGUUGUCGCGGAUUCGGAACAGCAGUGGACCAAGUGAAAAGGAGCUUAAGGAAAAUAUAUCUGCCGAGCGACUCCCUGCAUUAUCACAUCCCAGCGACGAUGGAAUUGUGGAAAUAUCAGACGAUGAUCUACCCCCAAGUGAGCCCGAGUUUAAAACUCCGUUGUCUAAGCAACACCCGCCAAUCGGGCAGCAAGAAAAUCUUUCGCAAACCUGCGACCAGUGCUCGAAGGUGUCGUCGACGAGGGACUGGAUUAAUACGCAUCAGUGUUUAAAUCGCGAUUCGCGUUUUAGUUUAAGCGAAUCUUUAGAAGUCAAUGUGAACGAUACUAUUUCAAAUAAGACCGCUGUGGUGGAUUCGGAGGAUGACUCGAUGGAAGUAGAAACAGUAGAUAUUACCGAGAACAUUCUGACGGCGCCUCUGUCGUCUGUACCGCCUAAAGAUGAUUUGUUGUGCGUUGUCGCCGAUACCAACAUAUUUAUAAAUUAUUUGUAUAAGAUUAAAGAUAUUGUUUUCGGCAGUUGGCCAGCUUCCAAACGGGUGAUCGUGUAUGUGCCCUGGAUGGUGUUCAGCGAGCUGGACUACCAGAAGGAUAACGCGCGUGAACCAUUGAAAGGUAACGCGAUGGAGGCGAUUCGGUUCAUCAAUCGCUGCCUUUCGGAACGAAAUCCGAGGCUCGUCGGCCAGUCGGUUUUGGAAAUGAGCCAACAGAAAGACAUUGGGGUCAGUCAAGACGACAAAAUCUUGUCUUGCGCGAUGCAGGCCAUUGAAAAGUACGAGACGGUGUUUCUUCUAUCCAACGACAUUAACCUGCGCAACAAAGCAAUGGUCAGCGGGCUGACGACCUGCACCCCGAGCGAUAUAUUACCCAGGGUCAGGGCCACAAUCAUGAAGACGAAGAAAACGCAGAAAAUUAGCGUUAAAAUGGGCAUGCUGUGUUCGCAAAUUAUCUGUGAGUGCUGCAGAGAAGCCUACGGCGAAGUGUGGUUGAAAAUGGAUUUGCUGAGUAACCCGCCAUGGUCUUUGGUCGAGUGCCUGAAGCGAAUGCGGAAAUACUGGUUCUCCGUCUUCAGAAUGAAACUGCUCAAGCAGUGCUCCAAGACAAUUGACGAUUUCCUUCGCAUUCUGACGUCGCAUAGAGAUAUUUGCGACGAUUCCGCUGAGUUCGACGAGUUCAUGAAGCUGGCGAUAGCGUUGUGCAUAUACUUGAAAGAUAUUAAAGAAAAGAAGGCGACCGUACAAAAUACCAUGAAUGAAAUAGUUAAAAUCGCCUCCUGAUCAGUGGUUCGGGAGCGGGUGGGCGGGCAGAGAACAGUGUUCAAAUAUACUGUGAUACUAAGUACUAUUCUAGUUCCAUUUAUUCAAAAAAGGAAUUUAAAAUAUAAACUUUGUUUUGAUUACUUUUUUUUAAUAGCAAGGGAACAAGUGUCAGAUACCGCUUUUAGAGGAGGGUUCAAGUCGUUCAGCCCGUGUAUUCCGAGUCACUUCAUGCGAGGAAACAACACACGUCACCUGAAAUUUGAUUCAAGACACACGUAGGAAGCGUAGGAAUUACUGCAUACAAAUCGUCCUGAAGCCAAACUUUUUACCAUCAAACAAAAACUCUCCUAACAGAAAUUCAUUUCACUGCCCGUGCCUGAAAACGAAGUGUUCAUUUUUGUCGUGCCAUUUAAUAUACGCAGACGGGAGAGAUUUCGCAACUCGCUUUUGACCCACAACCUUGCGGCAUUCAAAAAUGAACAUGGCCGCUGACAGUUCUUCAAUUCGACAGUUUUAAGUUUAUCAUACACAUAAGGUAAAGGUAUUAUGGCAGCCACAACAUCAACGAUAUAAUUUGAACCAAACUAUACCAUACCUUACCUUUUCUCCGUGGCUCCGUUGAAAAACGCAUGCUUGGCGACUCGAUCGUCGACCUGUACCGAGCACG